UAUUUCCGUUACACUAUUUAUAACACAUAAUAAAUCAAUCACACGUAAUAAACAUCACGCAAAGUAAUUUUGGUUGAGUUUGCAGUAAUGUGAGUAAGAUUGAGUGGGAUUCUGCAGAUCAGUGAGUGCGCGUGACGUCACAGCGGUCCCCUGGAGAUUGUAGGCUAGUGAGAGUGCGCGCGCAGGAUGCUGAGCUGUUAAAGCUGCAUUUAAACAGUAUGGACAGCUCUAUUUCGCCAACCUUGCAUGUAUAUCAGCAUAUAUAAAGAGCACAAGUCUGUCACCAAACGCUGCGAAAGAAAACGCAUCAGCCUAGCGAUGGAGCGUCUUCUUCAUUCACCUGGCAGGACACGGGAUGAGUACCGGUAUCAGGCGGCGCGUCCUUCAUCACAACUGCUCUCGAGGAGUGCGUUUAGCUUUGGAUCGACAACACAAACGAGAGGAAAUGAAUUCGGGCACGAUAGUUUAGAUGUUUCAAACGUAUUGGCAGGUGGGAUGAGGAAAACGAGUGAAAAAGAGUUAUUGCAGGGGCUCAAUGACCGCUUCGCCGGAUUCAUCGAGAAGGUUCAUCACCUGGAGAACCACAACAGAGCCCUGGAGAGAGAGAUUGAGAUUAUUAGACACACAGCCAAAUCCUCAACCUCUCUGUCUAACGAGUAUGAAUCUGAAUUGGACGACCUGAGGCGACAGGCUCGUGAGGUGAGCCUUCAAAAGCAUCAGAUAGAGAUCAAACGUCAAAACCUGGAGGACGAGUUCAACACUUUACGGAGCAAGUACGAUAAAGAGACUCGUGACCGAGCUGAUGCUGAGGACAAAAUCUCAGUGAUGAAGAAAUGCAUCAACGAGGCAUAUUUAGCCAAACAAGAGAUGGACAGAAAAGCAAAAGCACUUGAAGGCGAAAUCGGCUUCUUGCAGGCAAACCACGAGAGUGAGGUAACAGAGUUAAUGGUGCAGAUUCAGGAGAGUCCGGUAACAGAAACGCGUGAUUUUGGUAUUACUGAUGUCACUGCGGCUCUGAGGGACAUCAGGGUGAAGCUCGAAGGUCACACCGCUUCUGACACCCGAUACAUUGAGGAGCGCUAUCGCACACAGCUCGGCAAACUGACUAAAAGUGCUGAGGUGAACAGAGAAGCACUUAUGGCCACUAAAGCAGAGAUAAAUGAACACAGAAGACAACUGCAGUCCAAAAACAUUGAGCUCGACUCUGUGAAAGGUGUGAGAGAAGCUCUGGAGAAGCAACUUUAUGAUCUUGAGCAGCGACACAAUGCUGAAAUCCAUCAUUAUCAGGACACAAUAAGAGAGCUGGACUUCGAGCUGAAAAAUGCUAAAUAUGACAUGAACAGCCAUGUCCGAGAGUACCAGGAUCUUCUAAAUGUGAAAGUGGCACUAGAUGCUGAAAUUUAUUCAUACAGAAAACUUUUGGAAGGUGAAGAGUCGAGGUACUCUACAAUCUCAGAUGCACAAAUUUCAGUACCAUACAUUUACAGACAGUCACCCAUCUAUACUCUCCCUUGUGUCAAAAGACAGGGGGGAGGUCGCAAAGCAGAGCCUCAGUACAAAUUUGUUGAAGAAAUCAUUACAGAGACAACCAGAGAAGAUGUGGAGAUAUCAGACACUGGGUCUGAGAAGAGCGGGGAGGAUGACAGGCCGGAGGAGGAGACCAGUGAGAAAGAUAAUGAAGGCGAGGCUUCACCAGAAGAUAAAGAUGGAGAACCAGAAGCAGACAUCGAGGACAGCAGAGGGAGCCAAAAAGUAGAGACAGAAGAAAAUGAAGUCGAACCAACUGAUAAAAGUGAUGAUGAUACAGAAGACACGGCAGGUGAAAACAUGACAGGUGUUUCUGAGGUACAUCAGGAUAUGGACACUGAUUCUACACCAACUCAAGACAAGACUCCUACAAAAAACAAAGAUGACAAAAUAGAAACAAAGAGCGCAAAAGAUCUAAAGGAUGACAUGAAGGAGAAAGAAGAAAUAGCACAGUCACAUCUAUCUGGAGAAGAUGAUGUAAAGACAGAAAAAUUAGCUAAAGAGGUCCCAAAAUUAGAUAUGGCAGAAGAAAAUGAACUCAAACCGACUGAUAAAAGUGAUGAUGAUAAAGAAGACACGGCAGGUGAAAACAUGACAGGUGUUUCUGAGGUACACCAAGAUAUAGACACUGACUCUAAACCAACUCAAGACAAGACUCCUACAAAAAACAUAGAUGACAAAAUAGAAACAAAGAGCGCAAAAGAUCUAAAGGAUGACAUGAAGGAGAAAGCAGAAAUAGCACAGUCACAUCUAUCUGGAGAAGAUGAUGUAAAGAAAGAAAAAUUAGCUAAAGAGGCAGAGAAAGAGGUCCCACAAUUAGAUCUGACAAAGGAGCUGUCAGUAGUUAUACCAGAAAAAUCUGAUGCUAUACCCAAGGACAAAACAUCUCAGGAGCCACACGAUCUUAAAACAACAGCUCAAGUAAAUGAUAAACCCAAUGAGCAGACAGUUGAGGUUGCUUCUCAAGGACCCAAAGAUGAUGGACACAAAGAUGCUACAGUCAUAUCUCAGGAGCAGCUGUCAGUAGUAAUACCAGAAGAAUCUAAAGCUAUACCCGAGGACAAAACAUCUCAAGAGCCACAGAAAGAGGUCCCAAAAUUAGAUCUGACAAAGGAGCUGUCAGUAGUAACAACAGAAAAAUCUGAUGCUAUACCCAAGGACAAAACAUCUCAGGAGCCACACGAUCCUGAAACAACAGCUCAAGUAAAUGAUAAACCCAGUGAGAAGAUAGUUGAGGUUGCUUCUCAAGGACCCAAAGAUGAUGGACACACAAAUGCUACAGUCAUAUCUCAGGAAUCUAAGACUGCAGACAAAGAGAAAGAAACAACUCCAGACAAAUCUGUAGAGAUGGACACUCCCAAACUGGACCCACAACCAGCACCCAAAAAUGCUGAGAAUGGACAAAAGACAACUUCUGGAGAAAAAGAGGACAUGAAGGACAAGAGCAUAAGUUCCCCGGAAAAGGAGAUUACAGGCACUGUCAAAGUAGAAGCUGAAAAAUCUGAGCGUAUGGAUCAAGAGGAUACAAGCAAAAUAACAGUAGAUGAGAAAGAGGUUCAAUCAAAAAAGGAGGAAAAGGAACAAACACCUGAAAAAUCCACCAAAAAAGAAGAGAGCAAAGCUGAUGGACUAAUAGACAGUGUGAAAACUGAAAAAGGAGAAAGUGUCAAUUUAGAAGCAUCAGAAAAAACACAAGAGGAACUUUCAAGAGUCACAGAAGAAAUAUCAAAAUCUGAAAAAUCAAAGAAACAAGAGGACAGCAAAGACAGCAGCGUUGACGGUGUGAAACCAAGCCAAGGAGAAACCAAGAAGGUUGAAGAAACCAAGAAGGUUGAUGAAACCAAGAAAGUUGAUGAAACCAAGAAGGUUGAUGAAACCAAGAAGGUAGAUGAAACGCAGAGCAAUGAAGCCCCUAAAGCCAAGGAACCUGAUGCAAAGCCUGUGCAAAAAGAAACUCAGGAGAGCAAAGUGAAGACACCUGACAAAGCUGAAGCAUCUCAUACUGACAGUGGAAACACCAAAGAUGUAAAAACUGAAGAAGCUGUGCCAAAAGAAACCAAUCAGACAGAAUCAGCAAAAUCUGAUACAACAAUAAAAUCAGAAGUCAAAGCUCUGGAGAAGACAGAGCAGGUGAAAGAAAGCAGCGAGGAGGACAAAAUAAACAUCAAAAGUCCCGGAGAAACAAAUAAAUAAGAGAUGAAAAGCAGAAGCAAUGACAGUGAUGAAUGUUAAAAUAAGCAACCCUGAGGAAUGUAUUAUGAUUGCAUGAUUAUCUUUAAUUAAGCAUGAAGUUUAGGAACUGCAACCUUAAAUUGGGUUUUGAUGCUUGUGUACACUGUAAUCUACAUGUACAGGAAUGUGGAAAUAAUGAGAAAUCGAUUUUUUGCUACAUCCCUUGCUAUGAUCAGUCAAAUGUAUGUAUGUAAAUCAAUGCAAUAACAGAAUAAAUAUUUCAGCAUAUCA